AUGCCACUUGUUAAUCCAUCAGAUCCUUAAUCGGUAUAAGACCAAACCUUGGAGACGGAUGUAGUUCAAGGACAAAUGAAUGUAGGAUUCGGACUUUGGGUGAAAUAUCAACCAUUUAUUGAAAUGAAAGAUCUGACCGACCGGACUUCAUAGAUAGUUACCACAUCAAAUGGAUAAAUUAUUGUUCAAGGCGGCUAGUUUAUUUAUUCAAUGGAAUAAAGUGUCAAUAAAUUUAAAAUGCUUGUAGUAUCAAUAAAAAUUGAUUCAACUGCUUAAACAAUACAACAUAAUGUAUUUUACUCAUUUAAAUCAUCCUUAAAUACUCUCUAAUUUACAUUUGACAGUUCUAUCUAUGAAGGUUUAUGGGUGAUGUUCUAUGUCUAUUAUGAUUAACUUUUAGGAAAAUCCACAUUUGGAUAUUACACCGCCUUAGAAAGCAUCCCCUCAUAAACAGUUGAUGAUGUGCCACCUUUUGUAGCGAGCAUAUAACAUAAAAUCGGUGGUUUUUUUCAAUAUACAAAUUAAAAUGGAGCAAUUAUAGUUCUAAAUCAAUUCACUGGUUUAAUGUCUACCAUCUUUACAACACACGAUGAAAAUAUUUUCUCUAACCUUGCUUCUUGCCAAAAUUUUUUUGAAUACGAUAGUUGUAAUCCUAGUUAAUACAUGGUAAGUAAUAAAAAUUAAGCAAUGAAUGGGGAUGAUAUUAUACGAACAAAUACAUUUUAAACCAGAGAUCCAAUUUAUGUACUGAAAGGAUGGAUUAUCAUGGAGUAAUUAAGCUAAGCAGAAUAAAGAACUGUGAUAUUUAGAAUAACAAUCAAUAAAGAUUAUAGUGAUGAUAUGUACAUUGGAGACAGGGAAGUUCUUCUUGAAUAUUUUUAGAGCAGUUUACCCCUUGAAAAUGGACUUCAAAUUUCAACUUAUUCAUAUGCAUUUCCAUCAAGGGGAAGGUAUAAGACAUAAGAAGAUAAUAAAAUUUCAAAAUUUGGAGAUUAAUUUUCAGAAUUAUUUUUAAAAUGGCAUUAUUUCUAAUAUGAAUUUGGAACCUAAAACAAUGAUGGAAAACCUAUGCUCUCCUUAUAUUUUCCAACAAUCGAAUAGCUUCAAUAAUACAAAUGGUCUCAACCUGUUAAACAUUUUACAGGUGUUGUGUAUUAUGUAUCUGUUGGAGGGGAUGACUAUUCUCAACGAUUUAUGAAAGGAUAUGUAAGUGAUAUCCUAUUAGAAACAUUCUGUCAACCAGUUGAAGCAUUACUAGUUCCAUCAUGUCAUUAUACUUGCUUAACAUGUGAUGGUCCCACUUAAUAUAAUUGUUUAAGUUGUCCUGAGGAUAGUUUUAGAUAGCAUUAAGAAACUGAAAAGACUUGUUUUUGUUAAUAGAGAUAUGUUGAUUAGGAUGGUUUAUAUGAAUGCAAAUCAAUUUUAUAGGCAUUUCCCCAAAUUACCAAACAAGAAGUUGAAUUGAAAUGCUCAAAAUUAGGAUAUGUUAAUUGUGCUAAUGAUAGUAUUGAAUGUAGUUUUGGAUAUUUCUAAUUAGAUUAAAAUUGUGUUUAAUGUCCAAAUUAUUUUGAUAUUUUUACAAGAACACAACUUACUUGUUUUGAUUGUAUAAUUGACCCCAAGAUAUUUGCAAAAACACUCAAAUGUACUCAAGAUGCCGAGACUUACAAUUCUCAAGUUGAAUAUACAUUUUCCGUUUCCUUGAGAAAACCUAAUGAUGUUAGUUAUUUUGAACUUUCAAAAGAUGGAAACGAUAACUAUUUAAUUAAGUUAUGUUAAGGAUGUUUAGGUGAAGGUAGUUGUAAGGAAGGAUAUUUUUACAAAGAUAAGGAAUGUUAGGAAUGCUUGGAGGGUUGUUAAACCUGUAUUACUAAUUAUAGAUGUAAAUAAUGUUUUCCAGGUUUUUACAAGGAUGAUGAACAUUUAUGUAAGAAGUGCACGAAUUGUAAAACUUGUUUAUUAAAUAAUGGAAAACAAUGGUGUGAUACUUGUUAUGGAACAUAAGAAUUAUUGUAUGGCAAAUGUGUAUCAUGUGGGGUUAAUUGUCAGAGUUGCAAUUCAGAUGGGUAUUGUUACUUCUGUAAUGGAUCACCCUCUUUACGGUAUAUCUCUUUUGAUGGCAAAAGUUGCGAAGAAUGCAAUAUAGAAAAUUGUAUUUAUUGUUUUCAAUAUAUGAUGAAUGGUGGAAUCUACAUUUCUAAUUUGGAUCUAUAAUUCAAUAUCAUAAAUUUUGACUUUAUGUAAGUAUCUUUUGGCUGUGCUUUAUGUAAAUAAGACUAUUUCUUUAAUUUAAGUACUUAGAAAUGCGAAUUGAAACCAGUGAAUGAUGACUGUGAUUUUGCAUUAAUUUUAAGUGAUGCAACUCAAAAAUGUAUAAUCAGUUCAAGUAAUAUUGAUUCUGUUUAAAAUAUUGAUUGUCCUACUCUCCUAAAUUGUAAGUAAUGCAUAAAAAAUUAUAUUGAAACUGAUAGCUUCUGCAUUAUAUGUGAAGAUGGCUAUUAUUCUGGUGUUUUGACAGGCUAAUGUUAGUAAUGUACACACACUUGUAAGACUUGUAUUCAAUAAAAUAAGUAAUAUCGAGAUUUCUGGAAAUGGUAAAUUAAAGCCUUUUAUAGAUACUUUCUAAACUCCAAUAAUGAUCAUGCUUUUGAAAACUAUGCUUCAACAAAUGCUGAAGCUGAUUUAGAAUUGAUAUGUACAUCAUGUUAAGUAGGGUAUAUCUUGCAUCAAAAUCAAUGCAUAAAGGGUUGUGAUGAAAACUGUAAGGAAUGUGUAAUUAUAGAUGGAAAAUCUACUUGUAUUAAGUGCUAUGAAACUUCAUCAGGGUUUCUCAAAAGCUUAAAUACUUAAGGAACAUGUUUAACAUGUCCAUCUAAUUGUUUGGCCUGUUUAAAUAGAUCCUUAGAUGAAAUCGCUGAUAUAAAUCCAUAUUUUAUAGUAACUAAUUCAAAUGUACAACUUACAAGAAAAUGCUACGAGAAAUCAAAUAAGAUUAAUUUAUAAGAAAAUUAUUUUCAUGAUUCUUUCACUUAGACAAUAUCCAUUUGCACAGAAAACUUAUAAUGCUAUAAUAAAAUAAUAAUUAAAUAGAAUAUCUAUUGUGAUUUUGAUGAUUUAAUGACCAAAUAGUAUGAAUCAAAUGAUGAAUUUUUUGCAUCAAAGAAUAUUUAUAUACAACAGUUUUUUGAUGAUUCAUACUUGAUCUCCAAAGAAACAGCUUCACUUUAUUAAUAUUUAAAUGAGAUCUCUGUUAGAAAUGUUGAAUAUUAAUUUACAUUUAUAUAGGGUAAUCAACCUAACUGUGUAUUUAUAGAUAUACUUCAAAUUCACUCAACUUUAUAAUAAAAUGUAUUUGCUAUUUAAUAAGUUGAUCUCAUGCUAAUUGGAUAAACUAAUCCAACACAAUUGUAGGUUCCAGUAGAAUUUAAAAUUAGUAAUUAUACUACUGUGACUUUUCAAAAUAUCAGGUUUAACUGUGCAUAAAAGCAAGAUUCCCAAAAUACUUAAUCUAUUCUAUCUUUAUUUAAUUUGAAAUUAACCUUAACCUUAAAAUUGAUAAACUGUGGAUUUAUUACUUAGAAUGAAACAGAUAAAAAUUAUUCUUUCACGUUCAAUUCAAAUAUUCCUUAUUCUUUAUAUAUUAAAAACUUAAUGAUAUCUAACUUUUACAUUUACGAUUCAGAUAUUUUCCAAUUCACAGCUCAAUAAAAAAUUUUAAAGAAUGCAAUUGAGAUAGAUAACGUAAUUAUUAAAGACUCUUAUUUUUUCAAUUCAACUUUGAUAAAAUAUUUAGCUCAACUUAACCAUUUGUCUUUAAAUUCAGUAAUAAGUUAAAUUUAAAUUAAAGAUACUAAAUUUAUUUAAUCAAACUUUAUAUAUAGUAGUAGUUUAUUGAAUUAUACAAUUGGAUAAUUAGAUAUUAAUUCUAUCACUGUUGAGAACACUGAAUUUUAAUGGAAUUCAAACUUUCUAUUACUCUCUUGUGCUGAGAAGUCUGUGAUAUCGAAUAUAAUCUUAAAUAACUCAUUACUAAGUCUUGGUUCAAAUUUUUAUGCCUCAAAUAUCAUAAAUACUCACGACAUCAUCGUGAACAAUACAAGUAUUAUGAAUAGUAUUUUAAUUACUAAUAAAGUGGAUUAUACUAAAUCCGAAUAAGCAUUAUUAGCAUCCUCUGAUGUAUUCCUAAAGAAUUUUUAAAUUCUUAAUGUUGUAUAUGAAUAGUAAUAGCAAAUUUUAGUAAUCACCAAAUAUGAUGAAAUAGGUGGUUUAAAAUUCAUAUUAAUGGAAUUCCAAUUAUAAAAUUGUUAAACAGUAUCCAAAACUUAAAGUUAGUAAAUUUCUUAUGAAAAUUCUAUGAUUUACAUUGACUGCUAAAUUUGUCUCUUAGAAAAUAUUUAAAUUAUUAGAGGAUAUGGAUUACCAGAAAUGACAAUAAUCAACUCGGAAAAAUUGGAAAUGAGAAAUUUGAUUAUUUCACAAAAUUCAAAAUUCCUGCCAAAAGCACUUCAUUCUUCAUUUGAAUGUGUGAAAUAAUUUGCAAUUUUAAAUAUGCACUUUUUCAUCUAUAUCGGAUAAUAUAAGGAUGUGUUUAUUGAUUAAGUGAAUGUGUAAAAUAGUUUAAGUUUCAACAGUCCAUUCAUCAUUUUUAAAGGAUAUGAUACUCUGUAAAAGAUACUGACUGAAACAAUUGUUAUUUAAAAUAUCAAACUUAUUUAGAAUAUUCUUAUUAUUUCUGAUACAAAUUAGCACACCUCCUUGAUUUCUAUAGAGUCAGAAUAAAAAUCAAAAGUCACAUUGUCUAUCGCAUAUUUUGCAUUCAAUCAUUUAAAUGAAUAUGUUCAAGAUUUAACUAUAGUUUCAGCUACAACCAUUUAGAUAUCCUUAUAACAAGGCAGUGUAUUAAUGAAUGAAUGCAAAUUUAUCUAAAAUAUUGUCACUAAUUCUACUGAUGCAAUCCUCCAUAUUAAAUCUUCUGUUUUGUAAUUACAGAAUUCUUACUUCUAAAAUAAUGGGUUAAUGAAUUUAUCUAGAAUUAGUAACCAUAUACUAUUUUCAUAAUCUUAAGAUUAAAAUGAGAUUGAUUAUGCUUCCAUAUUCUAAGUAAAAUCUAAUGGAGGGAAUGGAUUAUUUAUAAUCCAAACUCUGAAUAUAGAUAACAUUACUAUUAAUUCAUCCUACUCAUAUUAUGGUGGAGGAUUUUCUAUUACUACUCAAGCAAUAAGUGUAAUACGAAUUGCUAAUUCAUUUUUUUACAAUACGAUGUCUUCUCUAGAUGAUUCAGUUUAUGCAUUAGGUGGAUGCUUAUAUAUUGAUGCAUCUUCCUCACAACUCAAUUUUUAAUUGCAUGAUUCUAUAAUAGAUACAUCUUAUAGUAGACAUGAUGGAGGAGCUAUUUAUAUUACUCCCUCACUCAGUUAUAAUUUGAUUACAAUUUUUAAUUUGAUCGUAAGAGAAUGCUUUUCACUGUAAAAUACAUUUUUCUCAUACACUCUUUCUAAGAUAGAUACAAUUAAAUCGAAUGUAAUUUUUAAGAAUAUACAAUUCUAAACAUCUGAAAACGGUUUUCAAAAAUAUUUUUCUUUAAUCUAAGAUUUGUCUGAAGAUGAUGCUUCAAAUGUUGCUCAUUCUAAUCCUAUGAUAUUUUUAUAAUAUGGAAAUUUUAGCAUAUAUAAUUGUAGCUUUCUUUCUACUGUUAUUUAAUUCUUAAUUAAAAUUGAAUAGGCUGAAAAUAUUAUUUUAUCUAAUGUCAAAGUUAUUAAUAGCACCAUUUUGUAGUCACCAUUAUUCAAAUUAAAUUUAAGAACAUAAAUUUCCGGCUAGUUAUAAAUAUCUAAUCUAUAAUUAACUAAUGUCAUUGAGAGAAAAUAGAUUUAUACCGAUUCUUGCAUUUAAUCUAACUCUGCUAUUCACUCUGAAUUGUAAUGUCCUACUCAUGUAUCUUAAGUAGCUUUAAAUUUGAAUGAAAAAGAUUAAACAAAAUAAAAAGAACUACAAUUUCUUUGUAAUCAACUUUUAAUAUACUCAAAUAAGCAAUUUAAUUACAGUUUGAUUGAAAUAGAUAACUUUAAUUAAACUCAUCAAUUAAAAGUUGAAAAAAUGGAGUUAACAAAUAUUGUAUGUGAAAACUGUUAAUUUGGUAUAUUUAGAAUUCUUGAAAUUUACUAACAAAACAAAGAAACUAUGAAGUUAUCUUAAAUUGCUAUUAAAAAUUGUAGAUGCGGAAAUACAGGCUGCUUAUCAAUUGUAAAAAGUUUGGAUGAAUUCAUUCUUAAAUAGAAUUUAAUAGGACCUACAAGAAUACUUUAGUAACAUGAUUAUGAUAACCUACAUUUUAAGUUAAAUCAACAAAUUAAUAUUGUGGACAGUUCUUUUUUAAAUAACACUGCAUUUUAUGGGGGAUCAAUAUUAAUAGUAGAACUUGGUACCUUAAUUAAGAAAUGUACUUUCAAAAACAAUUCAGCAUAAAUUGGAGGAGCCAUUUAUUAUUCUUCAUCAGAAAGUUAAAUUUUCCUUCUUGAAACUUAAAUAAUUUAAAAUACAGCUAAGGUUGCAGGAGGAGUGUUCUUAAAUUAAUAAUCCCUUUAAUUGACAAAAGAAUUAGAUAUUCAAUUAUUAAACAAUAAUUCUACUAUGUAUGGAGAGGAUGUGAUUGAAAACCCGAGGUCCUUGACUCUUUCAAUCGAUGGAGGAUAAACUCUAUUAUAAAAAUCAUUAGUUUCAGUAACCGAAAGCAGUAUUACAGAAUAAAUCAUCAUUAAGCCUUAUAAAGUUUUAGGCUAUUCAUAAAAAAUGACAUAUUUAACUCUCCCAUCAGGUAGGCCCAUAGGUACAUAUGAUUUCUUUGAUCAAUAUACGUCCACAAUUAUUCCAUAUAAUUUAACUCUUAGGAUAAUAGCUUUAGAUAAGUUUAACAAAUAAAACAAAGGAUUAUAGAAUUCUUAUUGCACAAUAAAACCUUUUGCCUUUAAUAUAUCUUCUUAAACUGAAGAACCUAAUGUUAAUUACAAUCUUUCUUUCUCUAACGUUACUUUUAAUCAAACCUCUGGCGAUUAUAAUUUAGAUAAUUUAGUAAUCUAUUUUAUGCCAAACUUGACUAAUAACCUUGUUCUUCGAUUAUCUAUCUAAUGUAGUUCAAUAAUUAUUCCUCAAUAUAAUGAUGAACCUCCAUUUGAAAUCAAAUUAUUGGUGGAUAUAAGGACAUUUAAUUGUUAAUUAGGUGAGUAUUAGAAUAUGACAACAGGUGGUUGUACUUUAUGUGAUACAGUAUAGAAUUAAUAUUAAGUUUAAUGGAGUGCUUAAAGUUGUAGUUAUAAGGAUGAUUAGAAAAUGAAAUCAAUAGAAUCUUCAAUGAUUGAAUUAAGAUUUGGUUUAUUGGAGAGCCUAUUAUUAUACUUAAACUGUGGUUGGAAACCUGGAGAUCAAUCAUGUAUUGAAGGUCAUAUUGGAGCACUCUGUGAACAAUGUGAUCUCUAUAACAUCAGAUCCUAAGGUUCCUACUCUGUUAGCUCUAAAUACUCCUGUGGAAGCUGUGAUCAAAUUGCAUUCAAUAUCAUUAGUAUUAUUUUAAUAAGUUUAUGGACUCUCAUUUCGACUUUGAUGUCAGUCAGCAGUACUGUGGAAAUGAUUGAUGAAUUUGUUAUUGGGCUUCGAUUGAAGGCUUUUGGAGUAACAGUUGCAAUUAAAGAAGCUUCAACGGCUAUACUGAUAAAGGUGUUUACUAAUUAUUUGUAAAUUGUAUCUACAAUUUCCACAUUUCAACUUUAAGUUCCAAUUGGUUUGGCCUCUGUGGUUAAUAGCGUUGGCAAUCCAAUAGAAUCAAUGGCAUAUUCUCUUGAUUGUUUCCUUGUAUCCAUUACAGAGAUAUCAAUCAUUUACUUCAGAAUCAUAUGGGGAUUAAUUAUGGCUACCAUGUAUAUCACGAUAUUUUUUGGUUUAGGAGGUCUUGCAGUUCUAUUUAAGCGUGCUAAGAUUGAUUUUUCAUACGUUUCUACUUCCCUCAUUUAUUUAUUCAUCUAUUUGCAACCUAACAUUAUAGGAGGGCUUAUAUCUCUAUUAUCUUAUAGAAAAAUUUCUGAUGAAUAUUGGAUAUAAGGCAAUGUUGCAUACAGAUAUGAUACUAUAUCCCAUGCCAAAUGGGUGGUUGGCUUUUGUUUUCCACUUCUAAUAAUAUUUUGCUGCGUCCUUCCCUUUUUCUUGUGGUUUGGAGUCCAUAAAAAUAAAUACCAACUAGAUAUGACUAAGGUAAGAAGAACAUGGGGAUACUUGUAUAAUGAAUACAAAUUACACGCUUACUAUUGGGAAACUAUCAAAAUAUUAUAAAAGUAAGUAAUUAUUAUUGUGCUUGCCUAUUAUGAUGAUCACAUUGCAAUCAAGGCAUCUUUAGUUUUUCUUGUAUUAUUUGGAUAUAGCUACUUGACAAUUUCGAAUAAACCUUAUAUGACUGGAUAAUUAAAUCUUCUAGACACCCAUUCUAUUGUUGUUUGUGCUGUUUCAAUUAUUUUGGCUAGUUCCAUAUAUACUGCUUAAUAAUAAAAUUUAUAAGAGAUUGUUUGGCCUUUUUACAUUAUAAUUGGUGUUCUAAAUGGCUUGUACAUAUUAAAAAUGCUAUUGCAAAUUUUAUUUGCAUAUUUUAAGAAACUCCAUGAUAAAAUUGAUAUUAUUAAAGACUUUAUUUCCAAGAGAUUCCCCAAGUUAGCCAAUUAACAUCCAUAUAUAAAGUAGAUCCUAGAAAGCCGCAAAACAUAAUAGAUAAGAAUUAAAGGAAGAUAUGGAAAGAUCAGAGAAUAUAUUUUCCCCUAGGCUAAAAAGAUUUUAGAGUUUAAAAAGUUCAAUAACUUUGAAUUGCCUUGCGUAGUAGACACAUAUAAAUCUUCAGGAAGAGAGAAGGAAAUCCAAGAGUUUGAUUAUGGAGAUAUAUAAAGUUUGAAUAGUCCAAAAUAAAGUGAAAUAAUUACCGAAAGAUAAAACUUAAAAACCUUAGUAAAGUACCCAACCAACAUCUUGAAUGAGAGAUCAUCUGUUUUUUCAUUUCCCAGACCAAGUGGUACUAGAAUACAUCCAGAAAUAGAUUUGGAAGUGGAGAGUGCAAGAUAAAGUGCUGAUAUUUGA